GUCUUCUUGCUUCGCUCCUUUCUUCCCUCCGAUGCUUCGCAGUUGCAAAAACAUAUAAAAUUCUCGAAGCUCAGUCCGGUGCCUCACACUUCUCUCUCUCUCUACGACAUGGCUGCAGCUCAAGUCUCUACUUCUCUCUCCGUCUCGGUUCGCGGUUUUUGCGCAAUUAGCUCGCCGAGAACGAGCAUCGUUCCUCGGGUUCGACUCCCAGAUCGCGCGACGAGCGGCGCCACCUUCGCUACCGGGUCUCCUCUCGUAAAGAGACCCUCCUCUAGUAGAAAAUCUGCAAGCAAGGCAGCAGCAGUAUCCAUUAGAUGCAAACAGAAUACUGGAGAGGGGAACAGUCUAGAUGUAUGGCUGGGCCGUCUUGCAAUGGUUGGAUUUGCUGCGGCAAUCAGUGUCGAAAUAGGAACAGGCAAAGGACUUUUAGAGAACUUUGGGCUAACAGCCCCUUUGCCGACAGUCGCUUUGGCUGUCACAGCAUUAGUGGGAGUCCUGACGGCAAUCUUUAUCUUCCAGUCCGCCUCUAGCAAGUGAUUGGAUCGAUGAUGUUUGUGUCUGUAAAGGUUAUUACUGUGAGGAGAUGACUUGGUACACAUUCUGUAGUUGUAUUUUUUGUCGGGGAUACAUAUCACACGCCUUUGUGAGCGUAAAAGCGAUGGAAUUUUCUCU